AUGUCGUCAAUGCCGAAAUUGUCAACCGUCAUUUCGUGGCUGAUAUACCUCGUGCCCGUGUACCUCUUCGUCCUGAACCCGCUCCUACAACAAUUCCUCCCAAGCUCCUUCACCCCCUGGGACACCAGCGACGCAUUUGGAUCCUGGGACGACACAGCCCCAGGAAUCAACGUCACAGACGACAGCUUCAUCAGCCCAGAGGAUGGCGUCCCGUUCAAUUGCGCCGGCGAGCCGGAGGGCCUGAACAAAUACACCCCCUCCAUCGUCUACGACGGUAAAACCGAACGAGUCGAUCCAACAAAGCGCCUCUCCGACCGAGCCCUCCUCGACCGCGACGACACAGUCCGCUGCCUCGAAGAGCGCGCCCGCGCAUUCCAGGGCUGGCGCCCAAAUCUCUAUAUCGAGCGCAUGUGGGCGCAGCGCUAUAAUGCUUCCGGCCACUACCGGCACCACUAUGACUGGACCGGGUCGUUGGCGCGCGGCGGCGACCGCCUCAGUACAUUUAUGGUCUACCUCGGCGCAGACUGCGAGGGCGGGGGAACGAAUUUCCCGCGCCUGCAGAUGCCGGUCGGGAAGCAGUGGUGCCGGUUUUUGGAAUGCGAGGAUGAGGCCACGGAUGAAGGGGGGAAGGAUGGGAUCACGUUCAAGCCGAUCAAGGGGAAUGCGGUCUUUUGGGAGAAUCUUCGGGCCGAUGGGACUGGGUAUACCGAAACCUGGCACGCUGCGUACCCCGUUACGUCUGGGACCAAGGUUGGGUUGAAUAUCUGGAGUUGGUAUCAGCCCCCGAGGAGGAAACUGGGGUGA